GCGGAUGAAUAACGAAGUAGAGUCAUUGAGCCACUUCUGCCACAUAAGAAAAGAACACCAUGUCCUCUGUUCUACUCCGACAAGGAUCGGCUUCGAGCGGCGCAAGUUCUAGCACCGGUGGACGCUUUCGGACUCGCAUCGCUGUGGACGCAGAUCAUGGCACUAGUCAAUAUGGCUUUGCGCCCGGAGACCCAAGCGGCGGUGCAGAAGACAACUACAAGCACGAAAGGAGAGAUGAAUCGAUUUUUCACUACGUCGUUAACUUUACUGGUGUUGUAAAGACUGAUCUCUUUUUUGGACCUGGACGUGGAGGGAGUCAUGAGGAGGGAGAGGAACGGGCUCCAGGGAAAGAUGCCGAGCUUGAUUCAAGAAGCGCUUCAGAUAUAGAGAGAACAACAACGCAAGGACGAGGGAGAGCAGGGCGCGCUGACGACCAAGACCGGCACAACAGGAACAACUACAGCAAUCCUGGUAGGAACAACAAAGGAGCACAAGACUAUACCAGUGCUAGCAGAGGGAACCGCGAUCUUCUUCAGGAAAUGAAGAGCAAGAAUGCUUCGAAGCACGAUCCUUGGUUAUUCACUAUCAAAUUGAACAUCUUGGCUCAACAUCCAAACCAAACCAAGAACGAACAAAGCGUAGUGAAAAUUGAAGCUGUACGACUAGAGAAGGACACGGAUACGAAAACGAAAGAAGUCGCACUUCUAUCUUUUGCCGAAGAACAACCUCCAUCUUCACGAGGACCCCUGAUUUUGCGAGCAGCCUUACCUUGGUCAAGAAUUUGUACCAAAUUUGGAUUAUCGAGUAUGUCCAAGAGCCCCAGCGAUUUCGUACAGCAGGAUUUAGAUGGCAUUUUACAGCGUCUUGUGGAUACUGCACGUAUUGUCAGAAAAAACAAACUACGUACAACUGUGGCCACUUUAAGCAAACAACAAACGGCCACCACCUCGAAAUCCAGUACUAGUACAGGCCUACAACCAGCAGGAGAAGCUGUCCUUGAAUCGGUGGAUGGCCACCAGCAAGUAGCGUCUUCAACAUCGCCCACACUCGACACUACAACGGCGCGCGUAAAUAACUACAUCGCGCUUUCACAUGCUGCACGAUCCAAGAAGUCCCAAAGCAGAGGCUUCAGCACCAGCACCGCUGGUUCCUCAGGUGUGGGAAAGGCCGCAAGGAGCCAGCAUCUUCAAAAUCUUGAGAGUGCGAAGAACAGCGCUGUUGGCGAGCAGGUGGCCGCAGGUAUGAGUACAAAUUUGGGUGGUGGAGGAGACCACCAGAGUGACGAACUUACGGCUGCAGGAAUUUCGUCUUUUAGCGGAAACGAUUUUUGGAGAUUGAAAUUUUUCGCAAAGAAACCAAAGAACACUGUUGAAACGUCCGCCGCGGGUCAAGAUCAUCUCACGAGCGACGACACUGACACGGAGAAUAGACCACUUAAGGCUGCCUGGCUUGUAGAUCAGUAGACUCGACCGCUUGAUUGAUCAUCAGCAAGACAAGAUGAGUACUUACUUUUUAUGUUGGUUGUACGACCCCUACGACCUACGUAGUACACCUAUCCAGACAUCAACUCAUGUCUUCACAUCUCUAAGGAACCCAAGCAGCCUUGGCACAAGCGUGUGCCUUACAGAAAUUGCGGUUGGAUGCUACCUCAGCGAGAACGUAUGCGCAGAGAGAACAGGUUUAGAUGGCUCGAAGAUAAUCGCCUGGAAGCGGCUGAGCUGAAGUGUGAGGAACGUAAGAAACGUGACAUUGCAUUUGCAAAGAAACUUCGUCGAAGUUCGACAGGAGGAAGUAAAAAAAAUACUAGAGCGGAAUAGGAGUUGCUGGUAGUAAGUUGCAGUAGAUGAACAUGAUGUGCGCAUCAAGUAUGAUGUGAUUGUGAAGGAAAGGUUGCACGAAGAGCAGUCUUUCAAUGACGACGCUUGUAAUUGUUUCAUGCAAACCAGAAGGACUGAAAUGCCUACAACAGUUCGUUCCUGCACCACGAAAAAAAGAGUAAAGG